AUGGGGACGCUCGUGGCAAAGCUGCUCUUGCCCACCCUCAGCAGCCUGGCCUUCCUGCCCACCGUCAGCAUCGCUGCCAAGCGGCGCUUCCACAUGGAGGCCAUGGUCUACCUGUUCACCAUGUUCUUCGUGGCGCUCCACCACGCGUGCACCGGCCCCGGCCUGUCGGUGUUGUGCCUCAUGCGCCACGAUGUCCUGGAGUAUUUCAGCGUCUACGGCACGGCGCUGAGCAUGUGGGUCUCGCUGAUGGCGCUGGCCGACUUUGACGAGCCCAAGAGGUCGACUCUCGUGAUGUUCGGCGUCCUGACCAUCGGCGUCCGCGUCUACCACGACCGCUGGGGCUACGGGGUGUACUCGGGCCCCAUCGGCGCCGCCGCCUUCAUCAUCGCCACACAGUGGCUGCAGCGCAUGAAGGAGAAGAAGGCCCUGUACCCCGACAAGAGCGUCUACACCCAGCAGAUAGGCCCCGGGCUCUGUUUCGGGGCGCUGGCCCUCAUGCUGCGAUUCUUCUUCGAGGAUUGGGAUUACACCUACGUCCACAGCUCCUACCACUGCGCACUGGCCAUGUCCUUCGUCCUCUUGCUGCCCAAGGUCAACAAGAAGGCCGGAAGCGCCGGGGCCCCCGCCAAGCUGAGCUGCUCCACCCUCUGCUGCACUUGUGUCUGA